UAAGGAGUUUGUCGUCGUCAUUUAGUGUGAAUUCAUCGGUUGAACUUUCUGUCAUCUCAUUUGAGAAGAUGCCAAGCAAGCGCACAAGAUCAUCACAGCUGGAGAGGGACGGGCGAAGAACCAUACCAGACUCAAGAUCCUGACAGUUAUCAGAGAAAUGGAAGAAAAACAACUUGAGCAUUUCAGUCAUGAGGAACACCCUCUGAUCCUGUGUGAAUUGCAGAAGGAAAACGAUGACGGUAGCAUUGAUCAAAAGUCAGCAGUCUGUUAUGGGUGUCAGGAGCAAAUCUCGGACUCCACAGCAUACUGCUGCUUCCGCUGUGAUUUCUUUCUCCACAAAAGAUGUGCGGAGCUUCCUCGACAAAUUAGGCACCCGAUGCAUUCCCAGCAUGACUUAGUCCUUCUUAGGAAUCCAACUUAUUUCUCGGGUGGUUGUUCUUGCAAUGCGUGUGGCCAAGGUGGUUGGAAGUAUUUCACCUACCAUUGUUCCUUGUGCCAAUUUGAUCUCGAUGUGUCGUGUGCUAUUUUGGAUCAGCGGGAAAUUAAGCUCGAUUGUCAUGACCACCCUCUUCGACAGCAGAGACCAGCUGAUAUCUAUUGUAAUGCUUGCAGUAAGGUUGGUGAAGAUUCAUCCUAUCUGUUCGCUGUUUGUCCAUUUUGGAUCCACAGAAAAUGCGCACUGCUAUCAUCACCUGUGAAGCACAAGGAUCACAAUCACCCACUCCUACUGGCUUAUUCUCUUCCGCCUGACUACCGCAGUUUUCGACAACGUUGCCCUGUUUGUCGCGAAAUGAUACAUCCGAGCGAUUGGCUCUAUUACUGUGGCCCCUGCAGAUACUUCGUCCAUGUUACGUGCGUUGUGAUCUCUCAAGAGGAUGAAGGGCAGCUAAGUGAAGAUAUUGAAUAUCCUAUCUCAGGAGAACGAGAUCAAAAUGUGGUGAAACUACCAUCCAGUAAUGCGGCUCAAGAAUUGAUCGCCCGUUUUCUUCUCAAGGAAGAUGAGAUCAGUAGCGGUAAUGACUCAGGCAAAUCGAAUAUUCCAGAAAAUAUAUUUAUAGAUUCACACAGGAAGCAUCCGCUUGUUCUUUCACAGAAAGUACAAAACUUAGAUGAGAUAAAGAGUACUGCUAAUAGUGACGAUCAGGAAGAAGCAAAAGCAUUGUUAGUAUGUGACGUGUGCAUUGAACCUAUUUGCUCAUCUGAUGAUCUUCAUUACUACGCUUGUGUUGAGUGUGGUUACUUUGUCCAUUUAACUUGUUCUAACCUCCCCCCUGAAUUGCACAUUCCAAAGCAUCCCCAGCACCCAUUCUCCUUGACUUGUAAAUCGAGUGCAGUUGGUAUUUUUGAAUGCGAGGCAUGUCGCUGUUGGACCAAUGCUGCCUGGUGGACCAAUGCUGCCUGUUAUAAAUGCAAAUCUUAUGAACUAAGCAUUUGUAUAAAGUGUGCGAGUGCUAGCAUGAUCACGAGCAGUGUCAAACACGAUGGUCACAAGAAGCACCUCUUGACUCCAUUUCAAAGUUCACAUCUUUUCAUGCGUUGCACGGCAUGCGACUAUACACGUGGAGGUGGUUUUUGGUUUGCUUGUGAGGAUUGCCACGUCUAUGUGUGCUAUGCCUGUGCUCUGCUGCCUCCUACAACCACACAGAGAUGGGACAAGCACCCGCUUCACCUGAUAUAUCCUCCGUAUUUCGAACAUCCUGAGAAAUUCUACUGUGUGCUCUGCGAAACAGAAAUCAACCCACAUUGUUGGAUGUAUCACUGCCGUGAAUGCGACUACUCAUUGCAUCCAUGGUGCAUUCCCCAAAUUAGGAGGUUCGGACGUGUGAAGUAUGGACGCUCCCUAAAUGUGAAUAAUCAUUCUCAUCCCCUCACUCAUGUUCCCGAAGCAAAAUACAAAUCCUUUUGUGGGAGCUGCAGCGACAGGAGGUUGGAUUGGGAAGAGGCUUUCGAAUGCGAAUCGUGCAGCUUUUAUCUCUGCCGAACAUGUGCCCGCCAAAGGGAAUUGCGUGUUGUAACCAUUAAUGAGUGAUGAUGAAGGAUCGCACGAACUACAGGUUUCUAUAUCUGAUUUUUCAUUUAUAAUACUUAUGAAUUGCUUGGAAGUUCAAAUAAAGUAAUUAGUCAACUUGCAGAUCACACUAGUUUUUUGGUGUUGUCUUUUGUUGGUCUGUAAUUUAUGCAACAGAUCUCGUUUUAAUGCUCCAAUAACUGGUAAUUGCACUCUCCUAAUCUUCCAUUCCUAUCAAAACCACUCAAUACUUAAUAAAAUACAAUUAGAAUGAAACG